CGGAGAGCCUCAGCACGCAGACGCGACACGCCAGCCUCGCAGUCAGGGCGCAGGCGCGCCAGCAGCUAGACUUCUGCUCUUCCUUCUCCCUCAAGACUUCUGGCAUCGGGUCCUAUGUCGCGCCGGGCCCUCCGGAGGCUGAGGGGGGAACAGCGUGGACAGGAGCCCCUCGGGCCCGGAGCCCUGCAGUUUGUCCUCCGUGAUGACGAAGACGCAGAAGAAGAAGGACCAAAGGGGGGCCCGGGGGUUCGGGUCCCCGGAGGCACAGGGAAAGAGGGCGUUCAAGUCAACAACCGGUUCGAGCUGAUAAACAUUGAGGACCUUGAGGACGACACUGUGGUAAACGGGGAGAGGUCUGACUGUGUGCGUGCACACUCUAUGGCUUCGGGAAACAAAGCAAGGCCCCCACGUGGAGGCCCAGAGACCCAGCGAGAUGGGGAUGUGAUCAAGGCAGUGUUCCCAGAGCAGUCUAAUGUAAGUGGCAAACUCCGAAAGAAGAAAAAGAAGCAAAGAAACAAGAAAAACAGCACAGGAGAGACCUCGGAGAAUGGGCUGGAAGACAUUGACCGAAUCCUGGAGAGGAUCGAGGAUGGCAGUGGGCUCAGCCACCCUGGCCCCCCUCUGCCCAGCUCCAGGAAGCACGUCUUACAUGUGGAGCACAGACACUUGAAUCCAGACACAGAACUGAAGAGAUAUUUUGGUGCUCGAGCGGUCCUGGGGGAACAGAGGCCACGGCAGAGACAGCGUGUGUACCCCAAGUGUACAUGGCUGACGACCCCCAAGAGUACCUGGCCCCGGUACAGCAAACCAGGUCUGUCCAUGCGGCUUCUGGAAUCGAAGAAAGGUCUCUCCUUCUUUGCCUUUGAGCAUAGCGAGGAUUACCAGCAGGCACAGCACAAGUUUCUGGUGGCCGUGGAGUCAAUGGAGCCCAACAACAUUGUGGUUCUGCUCCAGACAAGCCCCUACCAUGUAGACUCGCUCCUGCAGCUCAGCGAUGCCUGCCGCUUUCAGGAUGACCAGGAGAUGGCUCGAGACCUGACAGAGAGAGCACUGUACAGCAUGGAGUGCGCCUUCCACCCUUUGUUCAGCCUCACCAGUGGGACUUGCCGGCUGGAUUACCGCAGGCCUGAGAACAGGAGCUUCUACCUGGCCCUCUAUAAGCAGAUGAGCUUCCUGGAGAAACGAGGCUGCCCACGUACUGCGCUGGAGUACUGCAAGCUCAUCCUCAGCCUGGAGCCAGAUGAGGACCCCCUCUGCAUGCUGCUGCUUAUUGACCACCUGGCCUUGAGGGCCCGGAACUACGAGUACUUGAUCCACCUCUUCCAGGAGUGGGAGGCGCAUCGGAACCUGUCCCAGCUCCCAAAUUUUGCCUUCUCAGUGUCGUUAGCAUAUUUCUUGCUGAGUCAGCAGAUAGACCUCCCCCAGCAGGAGCUGAACUCCACAAGGGAAAAGGCCUCCACCCUCAUCCAGCAGGCGCUCAUCAUGUUCCCUGGAGUUCUCAUGCCCUUGCUGGAGUCCUGCAGUGUGCGGCCCGACGCUGCUGUCUCAGGUCACCACUUCUUUGGCCCCGAGGCUGAGAUAAGCCAGCCACCUGCCCUGAGCCAGCUGGUGAGCCUGUACCUUGGGAGGUCUCACUUUCUCUGGAAAGAACCUGCCACCAUGAGCUGGCUGGAGGAGAAUGUCCGAGAAGUUUUGCGAGCUGUGGACGCAGGGGACCCCACCGUGCAGGCCUGUGAGGGCAGGCGGAAGGUGCUGUACCAGCGUGCACCCAGGAACAUCCACCGUCACGUGAUCCUCUCGGAGAUCAAGGAGGCUGUGGCCGUGCUGCCUCCGAUUCCAGCCAUCCCCAGACCCAUCAGUCCAGGGGGAUCCAAGGCUGCCGGGGAAGGCAUAGGCUCCCAGCCACACUCUAGCCUCUGCUUGUGUCCCUUUUCCAAGGAGGUGACCACGCAGUCUGUGAUGGGGUUUGACCCUCUGCCUCCCCUGGACACCAUCUACUCCUACGUCCGACCCGAGAGGCUAAGUCCUGUCAGCCAUGGAAACACGAUCGCCCUCUUCUUCCGGUCACUAUUGCCAAACUACACCAUGGAGGGAGAGAGGCUGGAGGAAGGAGUGGCUGGAGGUCUGAACCGAAACCAAGGCUUGAACCGGCUGAUGCUGGCUGUGCGUGACCUGAUGGCCAACUUCCACUUUAACGACAUGGAGGUGCCACACGAGGAAAACCCUGAGGGGGAGGCUGACUGGGACUGACACCGCAAUGAUGUUACUGAUUUUUUGGUCUGGUUGGGCUUGCACAGCUCCCUGAAGUAGAGAUGCUGAAUGUACGGUUGCCCCAUGUCUUCUGUUUCCCUAUAAAUGUCAGUGGUUAUUCCCUCC